CCUCGACGACAGCGCCAACCACAUACCGUACUCAGUCUAAUAAUGUAACUCAAACUUGCUGUGUACGCGCUCGAGCUGUGCUUGCGAAAUUUGCAAAGUUGGGAAUACAAACCACAACAACAACAGCAGCAAAAAAGAAGCAGAAAUUUUGCUUUUUUCGGGGGAAUACGGAAAUGAACAAAAGCAGCAAGUAUAUUGCAUAGAAUGCGUCGUACAAAACUUAACGCGCAAGCAUAAAGUCAAAAUAAUCGAUAAAACAGAUAAGUGAGAAAGCCGCUAAAUAAAGACACAUACGCGACGGGACGGUAUGCAAAUCGUACAUAUGUAUGUAUGUAUGUAUGUAUCUGCAAAAAAAAAACAAAAAGUCAGUACUAAACAAAAGUCUCUAAACAAAAAAGCAAGGAAAAUGGCAAAACGCAUAAAACAACAACAACAACAAAUACAUCACACAUACGCGCACAACAACACACGCUCACAAAGCGACUAAUGCAGGCGCGGACCGUUCAAAAGGAAAGGAAAAGUGCUCGUCGUUUCCCCUGAAAAUUGUUUAUGCACACGCAAGCAAACACAUGCAUAUGUGCUAUAUGUAUAUGUAUAUGUAUAUGUAUACGACGUAAGGGUUUAUGCUGCAGUUAUGUGGACUGCUUUGCGUGUGUGCGCUCAUAAAUGUCGGUAAAGUCGAAAUUCUUUAUGUCUAAGCAGAAAGUCUGUUGCUAUUAACACAAAAUAUGUGUGAGUGAUAACGGUAAAAGUAAAAAAAGUAAUUUCAUAUGUUAUUUGCGAGCGUUCAGAUGUAUUGUAUUUGCACCAAAGUGACCUUUCACAGUUGGAUACGAAACGAAAUCAGCGCCGUGCGUUCAUACUCCCCCAAACGAAGCAGCAAUUUUACAUGAGCUACAGCAGCAAUCAGAGCAGAAGCAGCAACAGCGGCAGUGGUGGCAGCGGCAUAGUCAAGAAAAGCAGCAACAACAACAACAAAAAUAAUUAUAACAACAACAACAACAACAAGUAUAACACAAAACAACAGCAUUAGGUAUUACAACAACAUCAAGUAGUACAACAACAACAACGGGAGCGACGGCGUCGAGUUUAGUAUCCUGUAAAGGCGCUGCUCACAAAAAUAUGAAAAAAUCGAUGCCAGACUCCGAUACUUCAGCAGUCACAGUCACCGUCACAGCCACAGUCAUAUCCACAGCCAAAAUAGCAGCAACAGCAGCAGCAGCCGCAGUAGCGGCAGUGUUAAGAGCAGUAUCAGCAGCGGCAGUAAAAGCUACACAACAACAACAACGACAACAACAGGAAUAAUAACAGCACACUGUCCGGUUGCAUUGCAGAAUUGAAUUCAUUCAUCGCAGCACUUUGAUAUAUUUUCCCUGAUUUUAUUUGCUGGUGGUGCUGCGGAAAAAUUUCUGUUUCGCUGGGCAUAAAAGGAAAAGCCAGAAAUUGUUGUUACAUACAUACAUAAACACACACAUACAAAUGUAGUUGUUGAUUUUCCGGAUUUUUAUAAAUUAUUAACCUACGCUUAACAUAAAAUAUAAUAAAAAUAACUUAAAUUAAUAAUAAUAACAAAUAAAUACGAAAUAAUGGCCACCUCUUCGGAUUUAUUGCAUACGAAUGAAUCGAAUAACGGUUCCGAUGAGUCGAUUAGCAAUUGUGCAAAUUCCAGCAAUCUAGCGGAGUCGCAAGCCGAUGAAGAAUCAAUACAAACAAAUAAUGCAGAUUCCGAAGCGGCAACGUCACCUGGUGUCCACGAAAACGAAGACGUUGACUCCAAAGCGGAUUUUGGUGCAACACCGUGUCACGAAAAGACACAGCAGGCAGAGGCAGAGGUCGCAGUGGACGAACAGCCGCAGCAGCAAGCGCAGCAACAGCAGCAGCUCGAGCCAGUGGAGCAAACAACAACACUUGUUUCAUCCUCCGACACAGAAACACAGCGACCAGAGGCGCAUAGCAAUUUUUCACCAGACGAAAUACCCGAACCUAUUAAGGUGCUAGAUGAUAUAAUCUCUGAAUUCGAAGAUACAUCAAAGCCAGCGAACGCAGGUGGUAAUGGUGAAAAUCAAUCUGAGGACGAUGGAUACAUGAGCCUUAGUCGCAAGAACAUGCAUAAGCAAGAUUUCGAGAACAUCUCUCAGAGCAGUAUUGGUAGUAAUGUACCACCCAUUACCACACCAACUAAAGAGUUUCACGAAUUUAACAACACUACAGAUGUUACCUGCCCAAGUCUGGAAACACCUGCCGAACAGAGUAUUAUACAAUCCACAUUGCCAAAAGCGCGUCCAGCCUCGGCACUGACGAGCAACAACUACUCCAGUCUGCCAUGUUGCGGUGCGCGCUCCACAUCAUUGGAUGGUAAAACUACGCGUGGCGUUAGCUGUAAUGGUGAACGUAAUAAGUUGGGUAUUGAUAUAAGUGCGGUACAUAAUGCGGUAUUACGUGGAGGAUUGGCGAAACUGCCAGAGCCAAUUCUAAAUGAGCAUCCCGUUACAAUAUACCCUGGUCGGUAUUCACCUCCAUCGGAGAACAAGCGCGUAGCCAAUCGUCCACAACGUAUAUUAUCCUCCGUUGAGAAACACAAAGAAGUUUGCCAUAUACUUAAUCCUUUGUCUUCGAUCUCCUCUUCAUCGUCGUCGUCAAGUUCGAAUUGUAUUGGUCUGAUGGAUAACAAAGCGUUGGAUAUACCAAAUAAUAUUUUGAAAAAGCCAUAUAUACGUAAGGAUAACAUUGCAAAUGAAUUUAGGUUAGUAAGUGAAGAUGAUUUCUCGGACGAUUCAAUUGAAGAGCAAUCAUUAUCGCCAAUUACAUCGCACUCCUCACCACACAAACAAACCGGUAUUGCGUGGGAAAUACAUUUUAAGAGUAACAAAAAGAAGUCGAAAAGUUCAGCGAAAAAGAAAUCGACACGAAAGCAUACUGUUGAUUGUGUUGCUACAACGGAGAAUGGUGUUUAUCCCUUACCUAUUGUGGCUAGUGACGUCUUUUACACCAAAGAAAAUGAACGCGCUUAUCGCCGCGAACCGAUUGUUAUAGACGCCUUGGACGGGUCCGAUCAAUACACAACAGCCUCCGGUGAUAUUUUAAAUCACUGCAUGUAUAGACACGCGAAUACGAGUAUGUUGGGUAAAGGUACUUUUAUCAUACGACGGCCUACAAAUAAACCACCCUCAGCAAUGGAUAUAUUUCAAAAGGAUGCUGAGGCGCUCGAUCGCGUAGAUACACGUGACCAAAGCGACUAUGAAGAGUUCUCUUCCAUGGAGGGUCACGAAAACUGUAGGCCGAGUGAGACAUUAGGCGCGAACGUUAGGCAUAGCGGAGAAUUAGUAGCGCCACAAGGACCAACCUUGCCAUCACCGCGUGAUCGUCUUUCUUUAAAUCUCGAGCCACAAUUACCAAAUAUUUUUACCAAAGAAAUGCUGGCUGUGCAUAAAGGCGAUCGCUCGUCGUCUGAAGAACUUCUUGCUCCCGUUAAGAAGACAUCACUUAAUAGAGAGCCCAAGAGACGUAGCACCGAUUCGAUCAACACAAAGUCUUCGAGCUAUGAAGAAACUGAAGAAAAUGAGCCUAACGAAGUUGCAAACUUAUUUUCGGGUAAAAAUAGUUUCGAUGCGUGCAAUAUGUAUGGCUACAAGAAUGAUGCAGCAGGCUGUUUAAAAGGACAAGAGUUUUCGGAUCUCCGCUCCUCAACAACAACGACUCCACGCACCGAUCUCGCGCCAACACUUGAAGAGGAAGAGGAACAAUACAGUGACUUUAGCUACAGUGGAGCGCCAAGUAAAGACACAGAUAAGGUCGAUGGCAAUAUAAAUGCACUGCUACGUGGAGAUAUUGCCGCUGUACGCAUCGUUGAAGGUGGUGCACAUCAUAAACGUCCACUCGAAUUUCGUCCCGGUGUGCAUAAGUCUGAGAGUGCCAAAGAGAUGUUAUUGUCUCAAAGCGCGUUUGGUCCAUUGCCGCCUUCGCCACCGUCAUCCAAUCCCGAUCUAUUCGACUAUGAUGCUCUGCCACUGCCACCAUCUCCGAAAGAUCCGAUCUUAGUGAACGAGAGCAACCGUAGCCUUGGCAAAGGCUUUAAGAAAACGACAACUGCCGAAAUACAUACGCCGUCCUCGUUGGGCGGCGAGGAACGACGAAAUCGUGACAAUAUGAGCGCUUUGCGUUAUCUUAGCAACGAAUUGCCACCAUUACCACCGCCUGCUUUUGAAAAUAUGCCACCGGUUGUGCCCCCACAUCGUGGCCACUCGGCGAAUACGAUGAAAUCUUGGUCCAUUGAUUCACAUUAUAAGAAGCGAUCACCGAAAAUGUUGGGUUACGGUAGUGGUAUUACUACGCCAACGGGAUCACAAUAUGAUGGCUCGUAUUCAACGAAACGUUACGUUUCCUAUGGCACCAAACGUAGUCUGAAACAGUCACCACGCGAAGAAUUGCGUUUGCAAACUUCAUGCAGUCUGCCGGAGACACCAAUUUUUGCAAGAGGAAGCUGUGACAUACCGCGCACACCGUUCAGACGUCAACCCGAAAGUGCCAUAAGUGGUUCGCGUACAGCGCCUCGUUCCAGCACCUCACACAGUAUUAAUAUGGGUAACACCAUGGGCGGAAUUCCGGGUGGUGGCAACACUUUCGGCGCUGGCAUGUGCCGUCAACGUUCCAUGAAUCACGCGCUUGCAUCGAACGAGAUGUUGCGCAUGGCUGGCGCACCGGCGCGCGGCUGGUAUCCCAAACAACGCUCCAUGCGUCCAGCAUCUACCGAGAAUAUUGAUCGUCUCAGUUCGUCGCGCGUUUGGGAUAGUGCAGCUGGCAUGUCUGGGACUGGUCAGUCAAGGAAGCCAUUGACAUUGCCACCUAAUUUGACGCCCUCAUUUUUAAAUAAAUCACCAAGAGAAGCUCUGCGUCGCGUAACAAGCCUUUUGAUUGCGAAGAAAAAAAACACUAAAGAGCGCAAGGGCAAGCCAUAUUCGGAUACCACUUUGGAUGGAAAUCUACCAUUCGAACAAGAAACUGGUGAGCAACGUUUUCGAACACUCCCACCCACGCCAAAGGAACAGGCGCGCAAUUUUAACAAUACGUCACAGAAGCCUCAGAAGAAAAAAGGCCUUUUCAAAAGCUUAUGGAAAAAAACAAAACACUUUUCAUUAGAUCAAUAAGUAAAACAACAAUAACAAACAUGCAAUUAAUUAAAUAUACGAAAUAUUUACACAAUUAGCACACAAAACCUAACCCAUCCAUCCAGAAGAACCAUAAAACCACAUAAGAAAACUUAGCCAACCAACCACACACACCCAUACAUACACACACACCUACAAAUAAACACAACUAACCGUGUUGCACCAGCGAUUAACAACUAUUUAUUAUCGUUAUAUACUCACAGUAAGCGUAAGUUAUAGGCCGUUGAUAUGAUGCUAAAACAUAAUAUACAUAGGUACAUACAUACAUACGUACAUAUUGAACACAGCAGCGUGAAUGGAGCAUAAGUUAUGCUAUGCCAGACAAAUUUUUACAUAAAAUAUACAUAAAAAAUAUUAUUACCGACAAGCAUCAAUACACAAAAUUACGCGUAAAUUUCAUUGAAAACUAAAAAAAAGAAAAAAAAAACAAAUUAUUGAAUAAAUAAAAUAAAUUAAAAAUUAGUCAUUGAAAAAUACGAUACACAGAGUAUAGAAAUGCACAAAGCCGCAAAACUAAAGACUGAAUUUAAAAAAGGAACAAAAAAUUAAAUAUUGAUUAUGCAAAUAUAACACGUAACUCAGUUCAGCUUCACAUAACUAAAAAACAGAAAAUUAAAAAACGAAUAAAAAUAAAAUAAAAACAAUUACUUCCAAUUUUUUAACGUUUUCGAAGAAAAAAAAAAAUAAUAAAAAUGUUCAGACUUGCACGCAUCUAAGAGCUAAAAAUAAAUAAAUAAAAAAAAAUAAAAAACCUUUUCGUCAAACAACUUUGGUACCAACAACUAUGUCGUAGAACUUACAGCCAAAAUUUCGAGACUUACUUGUGUAUGUAUAAAUUGACUGUAACUAAAUAAACUUUAGUAAAACAAUAAGAAGAGAAAAUGCCACAAAAACCGAAAGAGGCAGGCGCGCCUAGUCAACAAAAAAUUAUUAAAUUUUUAGUUUGUAGUUUAAUGUACUUAUUUACUAAAACUCUUCCACUUACAUACACACUUAUUAUAUAUUUAUAACGUAGCUACUAUAACUACAUUAGCAAUACCUAUGUUGGGUUAUACUAUUUAGAAUAUGUAUACUUUCGGCAAUUGUGAAUGCAGGCUUUCAUCUAAUGUUUUCUUUAGACUGUUAAGCAUACCUACACACACACACACAUGUAUUUAUUGAAAAUAUAUAUUUUUAAAAAAUAUUUGCUCCCAUAUUUUUAAGCAAUAUUUGGCACCUGCAUACAUACAUAAAUAUAUAUUAAGGCAACAGUAUGUAUGUAGCCGUUAAAAAAAGUAUUAUUCUUCAUUUAUUUAUUUAAGGUAUGUACACAAAUAUGUAUGUAUUCUAUAGUCAUUUUUUAUAAAGCAAAUAAAGUUAGCAGAAAAAACUGAAACAGUUAGUAGGAAAGCACCGAAAUUGUAAUAACACUCAAA